AUGAGCUCCCUCCAUAAUGUGGCUUCCGACGCUUCGUUUCCUUCAGCGUCCUGGUGGAAACACUUCUGGGGUUUGAAUAUUCUUCCUAAGCUCAAAGUUUUCUUCUGGAAGCUGCUCCGCCAUGGUCUCCCUUUGGCUUCCGUUCUCCAGAAACGAGGGCUGCCAGUUGAUCCGACUUGCUCGUUCUGUCAUCUUUUUCCAGAGGACGCUGAGCACCUGUUUAGGGAUUGUCCUUUGAUCCACCAGUUCUGGGCUUCUUCCCCCGUGCAUCUGUUCUUGCCCUCUGCGUCAGGUUCCCCGGAGAGUUGGUGUCUGGCUUUUAUGUCCAACUGCUCUUCUGCUUCGUCUCGUUAUGAGCUGUUCGACCAUUUCAUUGUGAUCUUAUGGUCUACUUGGAUUCUACGCAAUAAUGUAAGGUUUAGGGAUGCUUCCUGGGAUCCAGGCGCGCUAAUGGUUUUAUCGACUUCCUGGAAGUUGCGGUGUUUUCAGGCUCGUGUUGCUACUCGGUUUUCCUCUUCCCGUGCUCGUUGUUCUCUUCCUGAUCCUGUGAUCUUGCCUGCUCAGUUGGAACCUGGGGAUUGUGCUGUUUGUUGUCUCAUUUCAGAUGGGGCUUGGGACUCUUCUACUAAUGCGGCUGGGUUAGGCUGGAUUCUUAAGGACAUAGUCUCUCUUGGCUGCUCCGGGGGUGGGGCUCAGGCUUGUGUCCUUGGUUCUGCCUUCCAGGCAGAGUUAUCAGCUUGCCUCUGGGGUCUGAGGAUAGCCAUUCGACGUGGUUUUACUGGUGUUCUUUUGCUUACAGAUUCGGCUGUUCUGGUUAAUUUGUUGUCGACUUCUCAAGACGGUCCUACUGCGGUUACUUGGGCGCUUCAGGAGCUACGGGGUCUGAUUUCUUCCUUAGCUUGGUUCUCCGCCCAGAAAGUGUCACGCCAGACUGUGUCCCCGGCUCAUUUGUUGGCUUCUUCGGCUCGCCGUCGUCAUCUUAUUAGGCAUAGGUUUUAG